AUGAGAUCUCCGUUCAGACACUUUUCAGUCUCACGGAAAACAUUUGGUAUUGGACCAUCUUCUGAAACCGACCAACAGCAACAAACGUCUACGAUGGCAACUACUAUAAUAUCAUCAUCAUCAUCAUCUUAUUCUAAACCUUGUUCACGUCCUAUAGGUGAUGAUGAUGCUGAUUAUACUGAUACAGAUGGUGAUGAACAAUUAAAAACAUCGCAUAAUCAAAAUACAAUAUGUCGUGCAACAUCAUCAGCUAAAUUUCAACAAAAAUAUUUGCUACUGAUUGCAUAA